CUUUGUUGUGAGCCCAGGACAGCAAAGUUUACUGCUCCCCACCAGGCUUGCAGCGUUUGGGCUGAUCACCAGGAAGGCAGCAGAAAGAGAAACUCGGUUCAAACUUCACCUGGAGCCUUUGGUCUCCCCCUCUUCACAAAUUAGGAAGGAAGGGGACAUUUACCGGCCCUCCGCUGCACUCCAAGGGCUCCGCAAUGAGGGCGACUUGCUGGAUCCUGGCAGGUUUUUACCUGCUUUUCUGCUGCAAGGCAGAAGAGGGACUGAACUUCCCCACUUAUGAUGGGAAAGACCGAGUGAUUGACCUGAACGAGAAGAACUACAAGCAGGCCCUGAAGAAAUACGACAUGCUCUGCCUGCUCUUCCACGAGCCUGUGAGCUCUGACAAGGUGUCCCAGAAGCAGUUCCAGAUGACGGAGAUGGUCUUAGAGCUGGCAGCUCAGGUCCUGGAGCCCAGGAGCAUCGGCUUUGGGAUGGUGGACUCCAAGAAGGAUGCCAAACUUGCUAAAAAGCUAGGGUUGGUUGAAGAGGGAAGUCUCUACGUCUUUAAGGAGGAGCGGUUGAUUGAAUUUGAUGGGGAACUGGCCACGGAUGUCUUGGUGGAAUUCCUCUUGGAUCUGCUAGAAGACCCCGUGGAGAUCAUAAACAACAAGCUGGAGCUUCAGGCGUUUGACCAAAUUGACGAGGAAAUCAAACUCAUCGGCUACUUCAAAGGAGAAGACUCUGAACAUUACAAGGCAUUUGAAGAAGCCGCCGAACACUUCCAGCCGUACAUCAAGUUCUUUGCCACCUUUGACAAAGGGGUUGCCAAGAAAUUAGGUCUGAAGAUGAAUGAGGUGGACUUCUAUGAACCGUUUAUGGAUGAGCCUGUUCACAUCCCCGAUAAGCCUUACACAGAAGAGGAGCUGGUUGAAUUUGUGAAGGAGCACAAAAGGGCCACCUUGCGGAAACUGCGGCCAGAGGACAUGUUUGAGACGUGGGAGGAUGACAUGGAGGGAAUCCACAUUGUGGCCUUUGCCGAAGAAGAUGACCCAGAUGGUUUUGAGUUCCUGGAAAUCCUGAAGCAGGUUGCCAGGGACAACACCGAUAAUCCUGACCUGAGCAUUGUCUGGAUUGACCCUGACGACUUUCCUCUGCUGAUCACUUACUGGGAGAAGACCUUCAAGAUUGACCUGUUCCGACCACAGAUCGGGGUGGUGAACGUCACAGAC